ACAGCUGAUUUAUAGUUAUGUAAAACUCACAGUACGCCAUGAGCAAUGCUCAAACGACAUCAGCGACAAUUUGAAUUUUGUAUGUAGAAUUUGUUUUCGAUGUACAUACGUAAAUCAGAAUGUUUUCAAGUAGCAGCUUGCUAAAUUUAGCAAGACAUUGGGCUUGUUCUUAUCGUUCUUUGCACAUGAAACGUAGCGAGGUUUAUCAGCACUGCUUUCGGAUUCUCGGCGUUCACGAAUCAGCAGAUCAAGAUACAGUUCGCCUUGCAUACUUGGAUUUGGUGAAACGUGUGCAUCCAGAUGCACGUACCCCGGAAGCCUCAAGCGAGCGUUUCAAAGAAGUGGACGAAGCGUUCAAGCUGCUGCAGGAGAAGUUUGCCAAAAAUCGACGCAACAUUCACGAAAAUGACGAAGAGCCCAUUGAGUUUGAUAUUAAACAUACGGCUCCGCAGCAUCGCCAGUACCUGUCCAACGAAGGCAUAGGAACAGGCACACCCUACCAGCGUCAGAAACAAUACCAACAGGUGCGAGCAAUGAAAGCACAGGAACGUGUGCUUGAACAUAGAAUUGGAAAGACCGGCUACUUCAGCAAGCACGCGAUUAAGACCAAGUACGGUAUUGAGCGUAUAGUUGAGGAUCUGAUUCAGGAAGCCAUGUCUAAAGGCGACUUUAAUAAUUUGAGCGGUGCUGGCAAACCGCUAUCUUCUGCACAGUCUCAGAAUCCCUACCUAGACUUUACAACUCACAAACUUAACAAGAUUAUGAUAGAUAACGGCUUCACGCCCGAAUGGAUAACGCUAAGUCGGGACAUACGCGACGCAAUUACAAAACUAAAACAAUCAUUGCGCUCUGAGCGCAUAUACUAUGGGGAAUGGCCAUUACAGCGGGCGGAACAGCAGGCUUGGCAACACUACGUUCAGAAUGAGGAGCUGGAAAAGGAGGUGGUAAAGCUAAAUCGCCUGAUCGACAAGUAUAACCUCAUAGUUCCCAUACUGGAGAAUCAAUUCUUUCGCAUACAUCUGGAUAAGCUCGUCGAAAGCAUAUUCCGGGAGCCCGACUUGUCUAGAAAUGUGGAGCGGAACCAUAAGCCGUCUAAAGGAGCCGCUUCGGAUAACAAAUACAAAGUGAACCUGUUUUCCUUCAUAGAAAGCUUUCUGUAAAAAACGAAAAAAUCAAUUCCUCUGAGACUUAGAACAAUCAGUGAUAUUAGUUUAUAGAGCUUUUUUUUUAAAUAUUGCAAUAAACGAUUGUAUUAGACAAAAA